AUGCCCACCGAAAUCGAAGGGACUCACCAAAUUGGUGACAUCUCUCUGUAUACCAAAAGCUGGAAACCUGAUGGCCCAGCAGUUGCUAAAGUCAUCUUCAUUCAUGGCUUUAGUGACCAUAUGAAUCGAUACUACGAAUUCUUUCCCACCCUUGCCUCUCGCGGAAUUGAAGUCCAUGGUUUUGAUCAACGCGGCUGGGGCCGUUCCGUGCACAAUCCAUCCCAGAAAGGUCUGACGGGGCCUACUUCACUGGUUAUUUCAGAUAUUGUCUCCUUCAUCAAGACCCAAUUGCCUUCGACUAUUCCUGUCUUCGUUAUGGGCCACUCGAUGGGAGGUGGUGAAGCUCUAAUUCUGGCAUCUGAUCCACAAUAUGCAGAUCUGAUGAAAGACAUCCGAGGCUGGAUACUGGAGGCUCCAUUCAUCGCCUUUCCCAAAGGUUUCGAGCCAAGUUCUGUCACCGUCUUCUUUGGCAGAUUAGCAGGAAAGCUGCUUCCGCACAUGCAUCGAUACUCGCCUCUGCCACCGGAGAACCUCACAAGGGAUCCAGAGGUUGUUCAGUCAUUAAAGGAUGAUAAACUGUGCCACGAUACUGGCACUCUGGAAGGCUUGUCAGGCAUGCUGGACAGGACAGAACACUUGAACAAGGGGAUAGCCAAGCUGAACCCGGGUGUCAAGAGCAUUUGGUUAGGCCACGGAACGGAGGAUAAAGGCACAAGCUACGAAGAGAGUAAGAAGUGGUUCGAUAGACAAACUCAGGUGGAAGACAAAGAGUUCAAGUCGUAUGAGGGAUGGUAUCAUCAGUUACAUGCCGAUCUUCCUCAAGAUAGGCCGGUAUUUGCGAAGGAUGUCGGAGAUUGGAUUCUAGCUCGAGUUGGUGAUUCGGCAGUGAAAUCCAAGCUUUAG